AUGAAAAAUCUUUCUCGCUCAAGAGGUGAUAUAAAUGUUGGAUCUUCUCUAAAUAAUCCUCGCCACCCAAGAGGUAAUACAAAUGUUAGAUCUUCUUUGAAGAAUCUUUGUCGUUCAAGAAACAAUAUAAAUGUUGGAUCUUUUCUGAAGAAUCUUUGUCGUCUAAGAGACAAUAUAAAUUUUGUAUCUUCUCUCAAGAAUCCUUACAGCCCAAGAGGCAACAUAUAUGUUAGAUUAGUACUAACAAAUUCUCGAGCUUUGACAAAUCACUCAUUAUUGGCCUUCUUGACAUAUCCUAAAGUGCACUAUGACAUGAAUCCUUUAAUAGGAAGAGGAACCAAUGGCACAAAUUAA